AUGCUGGCUAAAAGGAACGCCGGCAGGCAGGAACGCUGGCUGGCAGGAACACUGGCUGGGAUGAAUGCUGGCUGCCAUGAAGCCUGGCUAACAGCAAUGCUGUUUGGCAGGAACGCUGGCUGGCACGAACGCUGGAUGGCAGAAAUGCUUGCUGGUAGGAAUGGUGGCUGUCAGGAGCACUGGCUGGCAGGAACGCUGGCUGGAACGCUGGCUGGGAGGAUCACUGGCUGGCACGAGCGCUGGCUGGCAAGAGAGCUGGAUGGCAGGAGCGCUGGCUUGCAGGAACGCUGGCUGGCAGGAACGCCGCCUGGCAGGAACGCUGGCUGGCAGGAACUCCAACUGGCAGAAAGGCUGACGCAGGAAUGCUUGUUGGCAGCAACACUGGCUGGCAGGAACUCUGGCAGGGAGGAAUGCUGGCUGGCAGGACGGCUGGCUUACAGGAACGCUGGUUGGCAAGAACGCUGGCCGGCAGGAACGUUGGCUGGAAGGGUACGCUGCCUAACAUAA